AUGCUGCUGAAUCAGUCCCCUCGGGGGUCUUUCAGUGUUCCUGUUAGCAUCACCCUGCAGGGCGCUCGACGACGACAUAUGCGGGAUGUCUCGCACCACCAACCCCAGUUGCAGGAGACUGGAGGAAACUGGAGGAAAGAGAGGGAGAUGAAGUGCAAUGAGAAAGCCCGAGCUCAGGCCCCUGAGUCUAGUGUAGGAGAAGAUAGAGCCAUUCUACUUGGUUUGACCAUGAUGACAUUUUCCAUUCUCAUGUACUUUCUGGUGGGAAUUUCAGUGGUGAAACCAUGUCUGCAAAGUGAUUGGGAAGAUUCUAACUGCUCACUGCUUGACGCUUAUUUUCUAAAUGAAUCACUGGACUGCUGUUGCAUCACUACUAACUAUUCAUGUCUGCAUGUGUUGGUGAAAAACAUGUCCUCUGAAAAAGAACUUCAACUUCACUAUGAUGAAGAGGUGGUGAAAUCAAACCCAAAGUCAUCAUCUUUCCCUUAGUGCUUCUACACUCCCAAAAGCCAACGGAACAAGACGGAACUAGAGGUUGAAGCCACUGACAUCCGAGAUGCUUUGCUCCGUAUGCGAGGGGAAAGCAUGAAAUGCUAUCUAAGUGCUAAAUACCCAGAUGAUGCCCUUUUGAGGAGGAAAUACUCAAUGCAGGUGGCCUUGUAUUACAUGCUGUGGCCCAGCCUCAUGUUUCUUUGUGGAUUUAUGCUGGUGGGACUGGUGAAGUUUAACCAACAUCUGGCUUUCCUUUGUAAUGAGAUCAGCAGAGAGGAGUUACUAGGCAAGCAAAGUAAACUGACAGAGAGGCGGGUAUAUCGACUCUUAAGGUGCUGGCCUGGAGGUCUCACGGAGCACCAUGAGACCGUUAGCUAG